GUUCUGCAGGAAAAAAGGAUAUGAUGUCCAUUUGAGUUCCAUCUUGUCCAGGACUGGUUUCCUCUCUGCUGCCAGCAUGGCGACAUCGCUUAGGACCGUGUGGCCCAGCUGCUUCUGGGUGCGUUCAGUAGCAGCCUGUAAGCAGGCCCCACUGCAGAAUGGAGCUGUGUAUCGUGCUUGCUAUAAAUCUACAUACUCAGUUCUCCCUGAAGACUACAAUUGCAAAGUGGAACUUGCUGUGACAUCUGAUUUGAAGACUAUUGUCUGCUACCACCCUUCACUUGAGAUUCCAUACGAGCAUACAAAACCCAUACCUCGGCCAGAUCCAGUGAAUAAUAAAGAAGAAAACCUUGAUCAAGUUUUGAAAUCCAGAUUAAAUGAAAAAGAGCUAAAGAACGAUAAAGGUCCUACAAUUGAAGAGCUCAGCAAAAUGUUCUACACAACAAAACAUCGCUGGUAUCCUGUGGGACAGUAUCAUAGAAGACGCAGGAAUCCUAAUCCUCCCAAAGACCGAUAACUGGGACAACUUCUUGUUCAUCAACACAUUACUAGUAAUCUUUACUGGAAAUAAAAAUUACAGGAAGUGAGAUGUUUGG